GGAAACCCUAAGGUGACCCUACUCUUCGUUUCUGCCGCCGUCUGUCUGUCUCUCUCUCUCUCUGCGAACGAAGGGCGACCGGCCAUUUUCGCGGCGAGCCGCCAACGACGACAAAGCGAUUUUGCACCACUCUCCCGGUGAUUUCUUUUGAUAUCAGUGUAGCAGAUCCUCUCCUCUAUGAUUUCACACUCUUGACUCUAAUAUGAUAUAGGAUGCUCUGUGGAGACACACACAUCAGGUCCUUCUAUUUAUCAUGUUGUCGAUCCUGAUGCAUAUCAUGAUGAGGCAAAUACAGAUCAAAGUUAAGAGUUUAGAAGAAGGGGAAGAAAUAGAAAAAUGGUAGGUUCGGUGAGAUGGGGCUAUUUCAGGAUCAUAACAGGAACCAUUCUUGGAGGCAUUCUUGGGUUUUAUGUAAUGCAUCGGACGGAGCUUCACUACAAGGAGAUAUGGAACGAGAGGCUGAAGAAGUAUGAAGAAGAACUGAAUAGAAAGAAAGAGAAAAGGAAUCAGCUUGACCAAGAGUUUUGUUUAUCUCCGGAUCAAAUGGCUGAAUGUCUUCACAAUUUCUUGGAGCCCUUGAGGGCAAGAAGAUUGAGAAAUAGCCGCUCGACACAAUUUUCGAGGCCGACACGUCUUUCGAGACAACUUAGCUUCGGGACUUGCAGUGAUGAUACCGAGAUUGGAGAUGUGUAGUGACGCGAGAUGUCA